AUGUCAGCAGAACAAACUAUAAACGUACCACUAGUGGCGCGUGCUUUGAAUAUGGCAACUUCAAGCAAAAAUGUGCUUUUAUUACACAUUAAAAAUGGAGAUGAUCUUAUCGGUGAUUUGAGUAUAGAUGGUGUUUUGUCGGUUAGGAAACUUCGUACAAAACUUGAAAAGCUCUAUUCUAUUUCUGAUACUCUGCAAUUUUUACAAUCCGAUGGUUGUCCGAUUGAUCAAUCCUGUGAAUCAAAAAUGCAAAUAAAUCAACUGUUAACAGAUUCGAGUAACAUUAUCUACAUGAAAGAUAAUAAAAACCAAUCAACUAAAUCUCCAGAAGAACAAGGAUUCACUGUGCCCAUCAAAUACUCUGAAUUCUGUAAAGGACGUACCUGUGCUAAGUGCGACAAAUGCCGUGAUUGGUACUUUACUGGUGAUUCGGCAAUCUUAAAAUGGAUGCAGAGAGUGGAUAAUUGGAAUAGCACAGAUUGGCAACGUUGGCAUGAUGGAAAAUUUUGGGAAAAGUUCGAUCUCCGUAUUGGGCACAAAUGUACUUAUCAAUUUACUUAUACUUUUUCUUAUGAUACUCUGGUUCGUCGUGGUUAUCAUGAUAAUAAUGAUUGUAAAAAUGCUGAAAAUGGUCAUUUUGGUACCAAUCGUGUGGGUUGUUAUUCUUUUCGUCGUAGUGAUGGGCGUUCUCAGUUUUCUUUUGAUUUUGCUUAUUCUGCUGUUGAGGGUCGUGAGACUGUUUUUGAUAUUCGUUCUUUUUGUAUUUGUGUCAAUAAUUGUCAAGAUUAA